ACAAAACUAAAAGAAAUUAAAGUAUUAAACUAUUAAACAAUAAAUCUAUACGAGGCGGUGAAGGGCUACUCUUGCUGACUAAUGGUUUGAAGCUAAAAUGCUGACCAACAGUCCAAUUACGUCUCUCCUCUCCUCCUCAUCGUUGACCUUGCUUUUAUUGCUGUUAGUUUUCUCUACCAUCUUCGUCAACCCAAUCAACGGCUCACAAUUCUCAAUCACCGAAGCCACCAUCGACGACAUCCACCUCGCCUUCUCCGAAAACCAACUCUCUUCAAGACAACUUGUCGACUUGUACCUAGACCAGAUCGAAGCCUUGAAUCCCCUGCUCCGCAGCGUACUGGAAGUGAAUCCAGACGCGCUUAAUCAAGCGGACGAGGCUGACCGCGAGAGGCAGAAGGCUGCGGCGAAAGAUCAGGGCCGUCGAUCUUUGGGAGAGUUGCAUGGAAUCCCCAUACUGUUGAAAGACAGUAUAGGGACUAAGGACAAGUUGAACACCACGUGUGGGUCGUACGCGCUGCUGGGAUCAACGGUGGCUAGAGAUUCCGGCGUGGUCCAACGGUUGAGAAAAGCUGGAGCUGUCAUCUUAGGGAAGGCUAGUCUUUCCGAGUGGUAUGGAGUUCGGUCUUCGGAGAUUCCUGAUGGUUGGUGUGCCAGAGGUGGACAAGCCCUGAAUCCUUAUGUGGAAUCUGCGGAUCCAUGUGGUUCAAGCAGUGGACCUGCAAUCUCAGUUGCAGCAAACAUGGUAUCAGUGUCACUGGGGACCGAAACAGAUGGCUCCAUCAUCUGUCCAGCAGAUCACAACUCGGUUGUAGGGAUUAAACCCACUGUUGGUCUCACCAGCCGUGCCGGUGUCAUCCCAAUCUCACCUCGUCAGGACACCAUUGGGCCCAUAUGCAGAACUGUAACAGAUGCAGUGUAUGUGCUUGAUGCGAUUGUGGGUUUUGAUCCAAGAGAUUAUGAAGCAACAAAGGCAGCAUCUGUGUUCAUACCUCCAGGUGGCUACAGACAAUUUCUGAAUGAAGAUGGGCUCAAAGGAAAGAUAUUGGGUGUUGUAAGAGAACCAUUUUUGGACUCAUAUAAUGGAACCUCUGCAAUUCCUGCCUUCGAGCAUCAUCUAAAUGUGUUAAGGCAAAGAGGUGCAACUAUAGUGGACAAUCUGGAAAUAGCAAAUCUUGAUGUAAUUAUGGAUCCCUCUCAAAGCGGUGAAUUAAUUGCAUUGCUGGCCGAGUUCAAGAUUUCAAUAAACGACUACCUAAAAGAGCUGAGCAACUCUACAGUGAGGUCAUUGGCAGACAUAAUCGCAUUCAACUUGAAUAACCCUGUUAUAGAAAAACUGGAAGAAUAUGGUCAGGACAAGUUCCUUGCAUCAGAGAAUACAAGUGGUAUUGGGGAGCAAGAGAUAGAGGCAAUGGAGAUGAUGGCAAACUUGUCAAAAUUUGGGUUUGAGAAACUGAUGAAGGACAAUAACUUGGAUGCAAUGGUGACAAUAGGCUCAGGUGCUUGCACAGUACUAGCAAUUGGUGGUUACCCAGCAAUAACUGUUCCAGCCGGGUAUGAAAGCAAUGGAAUGCCGUUUGGGAUCAGUUUUGGGGGUUUGAGGGGUUCAGAACCGAAGCUGAUUGAGAUUAGCUAUGCUUUUGAACAAGCUACAAGGGAACGAAGACCUCCCUCUUUUCUUGAUAGGGAAAUGUCUAGUUCACAUCACUUAAUGCAAACAUAGUACACAAUUGAAGAAAAAAAAAAAAAAAAACCAAGGAAAUCAUGAGUUGAGGUCAGGAUUUCCCUUGUUUUUGGGGAGUGUGUAAUAGACACUGCAGUUUUUUUGGUAAAUUGUUAUAAUAGCUAAUAAUGCUAAAAUACAUUAGGUAUUCCAUGUCAAAAAUUAAUGUCUUUAA